CAGGAAGCUUUUACCGGGCAUCUGCUGACCGUGGGAGGCGCUUGGCGAAGAACUCCGCCCAGAGAGGCUGCUGACCUGCUGACGCCCACGACGCGACCCCGACGCCAUGGCGCGCGGCACAGCCCGGCUGGUUUCCGCAUGUAUAGCGUUGAUGGUGACCUGUGUGUGGCAGCCUAUGACCGCCACUGAGCUGCCCGCUGGAGACGCUACCUCUCUGCUGACCUUCCUGGCCAUUCCGCGUUCUGACACAGCCCUCCUACCACACUCCCAGGACGAUGCUGACUUCGCCUACACCUAUAGCCUUCCCCCCUCUGAUCUCAGUGACAGCGGAGGAUAUGAUUACGACAGGUACAGCAUGGGAGCGGAGCGGCGCAAGCGGGUGUUCCUCAGCCGCGGGUGGGGUCCCGGGGGUUACGAGGCCCCUCAGCCCCCGCAGCGGUUCGUGCGUCGCCCCCCCCUGCCCCCAACAAAGCUCCCACAAAAACAACCUCUGGUGCAGGCGCAGAAGAGCAAAGGUCUUGGAGGCAGCAGAUUCGCAGCCCUGGUAUCAAAUCAGCAGCCUCCUCCAAACCAGCCCAACACACAGUACCGGAGGUUCCACUCCAUCUUCACCUCAGGAACAUGGAGUCCCCUUGGCAAGCGGAGUGGCAUACACACUGCCCAUGAGGAAUCGCAAGCAUCCUCCGACAGAGCCAACGAGGAAGAACCAGAAAUACACGCAGAAAAGAAAAGUGCUGUGUUUGCUUCCCAUGGAUGGGGUGCUGGAGGCUCCUCUACACCCAGGAAGCAACUAUGGACCCCAGCAACCAACAGCCUGAGGUCCUUGAUGUACCCACAAGUCAUGAGCUUGAGCGAAGGCAGCUGGGAGAGUGGACGUGCAACAGCUGGCCCUCAGAGACACAUGUCCAAUUUUCAGGCCGCUGGUGCAUCUCAACAACGAAAGCCUCUCCUGCACCUCUUUGUCUCUAAUGGCUGGGGACCCAUGGGGAGAUGAGGUGCCUGUGCAAGAAUCCCUUGCACCAUACGGAUAACCAAGCCUAUCCUCGACAUUAACUAACCCUAUCAACAAGCUCUCUAGCAUCAUCCAGAGGUCUCUAGCCUGGCCACACCACAAGUGAUUUACAGAAUAAGUUUACUUCAUUCUUAAUGGUUUAUAUUGUGUCUAUUUGCAAAAUAUAAUUACCUGUCACAUCAUACCUAAUAUCAUCAGAAAUGUUAUACACCUGUAAACAACUGUAUAUUGUUUUCCUAGAAAUCAAAUGGCCGCUACCCAGGCAUAUCCUUCCCACAAUUGAAAACAAAGCAUUAUCUUUACAAGUCUUCAGUCUCAAAACUCCAUUAGAUUAUCACUGCUGAGCACUUGGGAAAAUGAUGCCGAAUUAUAAUCUAAUGAACUGACAAAGGCACAUGUUGAAAUACCACUGACAUAAAAAUGCUAUCCAUUACUAGACAACACUGCAGUGCAAAUCCUGAAGCUACCUCCAAGCCUGUGGUUUACCUGCUGCAUUGCAUUCUACAGCAAUGAAGUGACAAUACUUCAUUACUCAGAGCUGAACAUUACUGAAACUUAACUUUUCAAUGCAUA